CUGAUCCUCGGGCGGGUUAUCAAGGAAAUGGUGACUAUGCAACAAGAGAAGGACAAACAUAGCGAGCAAAUAAGACUUGGUGUCAAGGCAUGCAUAGUUAUGAUUCCUCUGCUGGGAAUCUCGUGGUUAUUUGGUUUAUUGGCACCAUUACAUAAAGCUUUCGCCUACAUCUUCACGAUCCUCAACUCUACACAGGGUUUCUUGAUCUUUCUUCUUCACUGCGUGAGGAACAGCGAGGUAAGGGCUCGUUUGAAAAGAAGGAUUCAGGCCAUCUUCCCAGCUGUGGAUGAUGGGACUAGUACAAAACGAACAUCCGUUGUGCCCUCGGAAGUAAAUGAGGAUUCCACAGCCAUUGCUGCGCCCAGAAAAAUAAAGGUUCAGCCACUGAGUAACGGCGAAAAAACUAAAAAAGUUCCGAGCAAAACCUCUGUGUAGUUGUCAAUUUGUUACAUUGUACAUAACAACUAUAACUUCGUAGUGCGGCAUAUACAAGGAAAAUAUUGUAAGUUAGGAAUCCGGCAGCUAAUUAUUUAAUACAAUAUCAGAAUAGAACUCUUAAAGAAAAGCCACGAAAAAAAAAACCAAAACAAAAAAAAAACAAUAAUAGGGGAAGAAAGUCGUUAUCUCUAGUGACGAAAGUCCUAAUUUGUUUCAAGUUUUUUGAGCUGCUUAUGCCGAACCUUAAGUUGGCUUGUCAGUGCAUUGUCGGUGACCAGAGCCCCGUUUCUAUACAAGAAACUAUUGUACGUUUAGAUUUUGAUCUGCUAUUUGUAGAUGCAUAUGCAUUUUGAAUUUACUUCUGCUAACUGAUAAUUACCAAACGUAGAGCAUUUCGUGUUCUUAGAAUGUUUAUUUAAUUGAUGAAUCCAUGGUAUGACAUUUGCAUCUGCUUUCAAAAAGAUGGAAACGGCCAACAUAUAAAGCUAGUAAUAAAAGCUCUCCGUGGAGAUUGAGACCAUAUUGAUCUUAGCAUGUC